GAAACCCAAAAGCUCCUCCGAGAGCCUUGUGAUGGGAUUACCGCACAUCCUAGUGAAGACAAUGCACGCUAUUUCCUGGUAUCCAUAAAAGGACCAUCCGAUAGUGCUUACGAUGGGGGUGUUUUUAACUUGGAGCUUUUCUUGCCUGAUGACUAUCCAAUGACUGCUCCGAAGGUUCGUUUCACCACCAAAUUGUAUCAUCCAAAUGUGGAUAAACUAGGUCGCAUUUGUCUAGACAUUUUAAAGGAUAAGUGGAGCCCUGCGUUGCAAAUUCGCACAGUCCUAUUAUCCAUUCAGGCGCUUUUGAGUGCACCAAACCCGGACGAUCCCUUGGACCACGAAGUGGCCUCACAUUGGAAACAAAAUGAGCAAGAGGCUCUGGAGAAAGGUACUUUUUGGAAUAAAAAAAAACACUUCAUGUUCUGUUAUCUCCUCAACUUUGCCAAGUUCUAG